AUGCUAAGCUCUCUGGUUGCGUCUCUGCUUCCUACCUCCAAGGCUUCUCAGCUGAUCCCUUCUCUCCCUGCCAUGGCUCCCCUCAUUUCCUCCUUCAACGAAAAUGUCCGUCCGAUGCUCGAUGCGAUCGACAAGCUUCGAGUCCUAGGUCUCAAGGAAGAAGGCAUCGAGCUGCCGACGAUCGUCGUCGUCGGCGACCAAUCCAGCGGCAAGUCGUCCGUGCUGGAAAACUUGUCCGGAAUCAACCUGCCGCGAGGCAAGGGGAUCGUUACCCGAGUGCCGUUGAUCCUGAGGUUGCAAUCAUGCGUCGACGGUCAGGAUGAGAUUACGAUCGAAUACACCCCUAUUUCUGAUCUGCCGGGAAUCACACGCGUUCCUAUCGAAGAUCAACCGAAGGACAUUUAUAACCAGGUGAAGGCGAUGAUAAUGAAUUACAUCACUCCGAAGGAGAGCGUGAUUCUGAACGUGCUGGCAGCCGAGGUGGAUUUCUCCACGUGCGAGUCUAUCGUCAUGUCGCAAGAGGUGGACCCUGAUGGCGAUCGCACCCUGGCUGUCGUCACCAAGGUCGACCGCGCUCCUGAUGGGCUCUACGAGAAGAUUCAGUCGAAUUCCGUGCGGAUCGGGCUUGGAUACGUGUGUGUCCGGAACAAGACUGAUGCGGACGCUACUCAUGACGAUGCAAGGCGAGCGGAAGCGGUUUUCUUUAACACCCAUCCGGAGUUGAGCCAGAUUGAGUCACACUCCCUUGGAAUUCCCGCCUUGGCUGAACGCCUGACGGAGAUUCAGGCCAAGAGGGUGGCCGAUAGCAUCCCGAGGAUCAGACAAGCCAUCCAGAAGGCGCUCGCUGCAAAGGAAUCUGAAUUGCAGACAAUCCCGCUUGCAGCCACGUCCAGUGCUGCAGCUCUGGGCGUGAUUUCUUCUGCAAUUCAGCAGCGACGUGACCUGAUGAGUGGCGUCAUUAGCGGCAGGUAUGGUUCGUUCCAGAGUGACGAGGAGAUGCACUAUGCUGCGAGGCUACACGAGAGGUUCAACAAGUUCGAGGCUGAGAUGCGCGAGGCUCUCCCGAAUUUCCUUGGAAAAGAAUACACUGAAAGGUGUAAAGAGGCGUUGAAAGAGGUGGCAGGGAUUUCACUACCGAACAUGCUGGAUCAGGUUGUGGUAGGACAGCUGGUUCAGGAGGUGGUGGAUAGCAUCGAAGGGCUGUGCUUGCUCCUGGUGAAUGACUGCUUUGCGUAUGCAACCGAGGUGCAGCAGGCUGUGGCGUCUCAUGCCUGCGGGAUAUAUCCUGGGUUGAACAACGUGGUUCACCUGCAAGGGCUCAAUGCUCUGAGGGAGGCCAAAGAGUCUGCAAACCGCUUUGUUCAGGACACGCUGAAGAAGGAACGGAAGGUGAUUUUCACGCUCAACCACUACUACAUGGAUACGGUCUCUAAAAUCCAUGUGAAGAUGGCCGAUUACAGGAAAGCCAGGGCAUACCACCAAGCACAAGUUCAAGUCCCCCCUUCUGUACCCUCUGUUGAAGAUUUCGCUUCCAGCACUGCUUCGCUGACCAACCUGAUCAGCAAUGACGAUCAGGCAGCAAGGGACCUACAGAUCAACAUGUUCUCGUAUGCCAAGGUGAUGCACAAGCGGCUGUGUGAUGCGAUCCCCAUGGAGAUUCGCAUGUGCCUUGAGACCUCUCUCCUCGAUGAUACUGACACUGCUGUGUGGAGGGAAAUUCAUGGUGGGGACAUUUCCAAGAUAGCGGCUCUCAAGGCGGUGGAUCAGCAGCGAAGGGCUCGGCUGGAGGAGAGUAUCAAACGGUUGAAGGCAUCUGAAGCGACGUUGCUGGGCCUUGCAUUUGACGCUCCCAGGCUGCUAGCCUAG